AUGAGAGGCUGGGGCAGGAAUGAAUCAAAUUACAGAAAUCCAUGUCUAACAAUGCAUCAGCCAUGGGCUUCUUUACUGGUUCAUGGCAUCAAGCGCAUUGAAGGAAGAUCCUGGCCCGCCCCUAUCAGAGGUCGACUCUGGAUUCAUGCUGCUGGUAAGGUCCCAGAACCAGACACAAUCAAGGCAAUGGAGGACUUUUAUAGGGAAAUCUAUGCAGUGAAUGGAGUAACACAUAUCGAGUUUCCUGAGCACUACCCAGUGUCCAGACUUCUGGGUUGUGUUGAAAUAGCUGGUUGUGUUACAUGCGAAGAGCUAGUAAGCUGGGAAGCCAUUCCUGAAGGGGUGAGACUAGAAGGGCAAACAGCUUUUGUUUGGCUUUGUGAGCAACCACAGAAACUUAUAGUGCCAUUUGAGAUGCGAGGGUACCAAGGAGUUUAUAAUUUGGAAAGGAGGAUAUAUGAAUCAGCAGUUAGAGGUCUCACUUCUAUUAGCGCUCCAUUACCAGUUAAAUUUCCUCUUCCGAAUCCGCAAGAUCGUUUUUCUUUGAAACCUGGAUCACUUGCUUCUUAUUCCAGUGGUUCAAGCUCAUCGAAAAUGGAGAAGUCACCUGCAUUGCAAGCAGCUAUAGAUGGUGCUCGAGCAGCUGCGACACAAUUUACUAAGAAUAACAGUUCUGAGCCUACUACACUUACCAUUGAAGGCAGCGGUAAGCCUGUAUCCAGCCGAGCAAAGUAG